AUGGCUUUCGUGACUUUCCGUAAUUCUCUCCCUUCACCGGCUCGUCUCGUCCGCUCUACCAUGUCGAUUUCACAACAAGCGCAUCAGCAAUUUCAGAGUCGCCCGUACUCCUUUGCUUCAUAUCUGGUAACACCCAAGGAGUUGGAUACUGCCCUCAAGAAGAACCCAGCUACAAAGAUCUCGACCGCUCCUCGCGUAGUCCCUCUAUGCGCCGCCUGGUUCAUGCCAAAUGACCCCGAGGGUCGCAAAGGAAUUGACAUCUUUCGCAACCACCGCAUUCCGGGAGCUCGUUUCUUCGACCUCGAUGCCGUCAAAGAUCAUGAGUCUCCUUACCCGCACAUGCUGCCCACCGCUGAAACCUUCGCCGAAGCUAUGAGCGAGCUGGGGAUCCGGCGGGACGACGAGGUGGUGGUUUACGAUUCCGCGGAGGUUGGCAUUUUCAGCGCACCCCGCGUCGGCUGGACGCUUCGAGUCUUCGGCCACCCUCGGGUCCAUGUUCUAAACAAUUACAAGGUGUGGGUUGCUGAGGGUUUCCCCACGGAGACCGGAGAGCCUCAGCAGCCUGAGAAGACCAACUACCCCGUCCCUACGUACGACUCGAAGCUUGUGAUUCCCUAUCGGGAGCUGAAGGAGAUCGCCAAGGAGCACAGAAAGGAGGGUGCCAAAGAAGUGGAGAUCCUUGAUGCACGGUCCUAUGGCCGCUGGGCGGGCACCGACCCCGAACCGCGCCCGGGCUUGUCUUCGGGGCACAUUCCGGGCUCCAAGAGCCUCCCGUUCCAGGAGCUGCUGGACCCCGAUACUAAGACGUUCCUGCCCGGGCCCGAGCUGCGCAAAAUCUUUGAGAGCAAGGACAUCGAUACGAGCAAGUCGAUUAUCAGCUCUUGUGGCACUGGUGUAACGGCGACUAUCAUCGAAACGGCAUUGGCUGAGGCGGAAUUUGGCGAGCCGAACCUUCGGAGGGUUUACGACGGGAGCUGGACUGAAUGGGCACAGCGUGUCAAGCCCGAGGAGGGCCUAAUUAAGAAGACGGGCCGCUGUGCCGUGCGAGUAUUUUCAGCUUUAAGCCACGCGACCUGUCUGGUUGAUCGCCCGAGGGCAAUUAUGACGACCGGACGCAAGGUCUUCCACUGCGCCGUGGAUGAGACGGCGUUAACCACCAACAUCAGCGAAAUCAAAAAAUGGACGACCAACGGGGCCAUCACCCUGAUUGUGCCUCUGUACACCCUUGAACGCCUCCAUGCACUGAAGAGAGCCGGGUCGCAGGUCGCCAUCAAUGCCCGUGAGGCUGUCCGCUUCCUCGACCGGGUCACAUCCGGCAAGGACAACAUAUCCUCCGAACGUGUCGUUUUACAGGGUCCCAUGGAGCAAUACGAGAAGUGGGCGGAGGCAGAGAAGUUCUUUCUGCCCGAGUUCGAGGAGGAUCCGGAGGCGAUCGACGGACUUGCCUCCGACAGCCCGGCGGCGCACCCCGAUGGAAAAAGCAAAGGACAGAAGAAGAACGGCGCUUCACCAGACGACCUAUCUCAAAUGCUACUCAGCAAGCUGAACUUCAAGAAGGAACUCGACGCGGUCUCGAAUACGUCCAACGGCACCCACAGUGCACCCUCCCGCCCGUCUUCCCGCAGCUCUAGAACCAGCCCCGAAUGUGCGAACUCGCAGGUCAUAAGCAAUGGAGGACCAUCGAAGGAUAAUAAGGCGAAGCGCAUCGACGGUCACCGUCGUUCUGCGUCUGGAUCGACCAUCCCUACGGUUCCGCCAGUGCUUCGACCGCUACUCAGUGCGCUGUUGUGGCGACUGCACCACGGGCCUGAUGCCUCGAACGCGACCAAGACCUGUAUCUUAAUCACGAACGAUCGACAGACCCAGAUUUGGGCCCAAAAGUUCGGUAUUGGGGUCAAGAACAUUCAUCAGCUGCGGACAUCGAUUCAGUACGAAGAGCGAGAAUAUAAAAACCGAUGCAAGUACGUUGAAAAGACCCAGGCGACCAGCGAGCCUAAGUCUCUUCUCUCGUACGAGGACGAGAGCGACGAAGAUGAGCUUGUCUUUGUUCCUCGCGGCCGGGGCAAGGGCGCAUCGCGGGGAGGGGGCUCUCGUGGGGCCAACAGUCGCAAGGCGCCUGCCGCCAAGAGUGUUGCGCCGCCUGUGGAGGCUACCAUGGAGAUUCCCACCCAGCCUAUCGACCCCAACUCGUUCAGCCGCUCUCUUGGUCCUUCUAAGCAAGCUCCUACCGUCGACCUUAGCACUCAGUCGGGUGCGGCACGGGGCAUGGCGGGUGCGUCUCGGAACCAUGCCAACAACCGCCGAGGACCCUCAAGGGGUCCGACUCGUGGUAACAGCCGAGGCCGUGGAAAGCUCUGGGUUCCUUGA